AUGCGGGUUUCUUCCACCCGCCUCCUUGGCGUGGUCUGCGCCUUUCUGAGCUUUAGCUUGCCUGCUCACGCGCAAGACGUUAAAAAAACCGAUGUCUCUCCCGGUACAGCCGUCAAGUCGGGCACUGAACUCCGUAUUCUUUGCGUUGGUGAUUCUAUCACUGCAGGGAGGCGGAGCGGCGGGAGUGUGAACGGGGGACUUGGUAACGGAUAUCGACUUCAGCUCCGAAACGACCUGUCAGAGGAUGAAGUCGUUUUCGCCGGUACCGAUGUUGCUGGCAAUAUGACUGACGGCUACUAUGCUGCCUGGCCUGGAAAGACAAUUAAAUACAUCAGCGAUCAUGUCGGCCCCUCCCUAGCGCAACGGCCCAAUAUCGUUCUCCUCCAUGCAGGAACGAAUGAUAUGGACGACAGGUCAUUCCUCUCAACAGAAGGCAACGAUCCCAAGGGUGCAGCCAAACGACUGGGGAGCCUGAUAGACCAGAUAAUCGAGGCAUGCCCGGACGCCGUAAUACUCGUUGCGAUGAUUAUCGGCACAUGCGACCCGCACAAAGUAUCGGCGACUCCGAAAUACCAAGCGCUGAUUCCUGGAAUUGUUCAGGAACGGCGUUCAAAUGGUAGCUAUGUCCUCGCGGUGGACUUUACUACGUUUCCCAAGAGCCUACUUCAGGACUGUAUUCAUCCGUCGUUGAACGGUUAUCUUGAGUUUGGUCACUAUUGGUAUGACUUUAUUACUCAAAUACCGAGCAGCUGGAUCAAGGACCCGGUUGGAGCUGAUCCUACUCGGGAGGAAUCUGCUGUGAAUUGGGUUGUCCAGUAUUUCCAGUCUCAUGUAGGGAAUAGAGCUAAUAGAGGUUCAGAUUUUUGA